UGUACCGUGUCCGCGCUUAGUGGUCGCGUAUGUGGACCGGUGCGGAGAGGGAGGGUCGGCCGCCGGGGUCGCCGGACCCGCGCUGCGGUGGCCAGAGCCUGGGGCGGCGCGAUCCCUGCGGCGCUCCGGUGGCGCCUCUUUGUCGCGGUCAUCUGACCAGCCGUGUCUGGCUUGGAGCCGGCGGAACGAUGAGCAGGGCAGACGUGGCCAGAUAUGCGCUCCUCUGUGCCAUGUACACACACGUACAAAGAUGCCUGGAAGCCAGCCCUGCCCUUGAGUCCUCCCAGUGAAUCUUCCCAGGAAGUGGUCGUGGUGGUUGAGGGAGACCCAUGUCAACUAUGAUUACAGUGUAAAGAAGCGAUCUGGCAGAGGUGACACUCCACCUUCUUCCCCAACCCUGAAGAAAUAUCUCCUGAGAUCUGAACUGUAGUCUUUCAUUUUAAUUGGACUACCUGCAACUGGAACAAGCUUCUCUUUGGAAUCAUAAUGACCACAGAAGGCAGGGGAACUUUUGGCCUAAUCCCCAGGAGCUCUGUUUUCCAGAAGCAGGCUGGGUGUCUGACUGUGAAGCAGCAGCCAGGGAACCAGACCAGGGGACCGAGCUGCAGUCUCCUGAAGAACCACCCUCCUGUCUGUGAAAUCUUCAGGCUGCACUUUAGGCAGUUAUGUUACCAUGAGAUGUCUGGGCCUCAAGAGGCACUAAGCCGGCUCAGGGAGCUUUGUCGCUGGUGGCUAAUGCCAGAAGUUCACACCAAGGAGCAGAUCCUGGAGCUACUGGUGCUGGAACAGUUCUUGAGCAUCCUUCCUGUGGAGCUCCGAACCUGGGUGCAGCUUCAUCACCCUGAGAGUGGUGAGGAGGCUGUGGCUGUGGUGGAGGAUUUCCAGAGACACCUCAGUGUACAGGAAGAGGUUUCAGCCUCAGCACAGGAACAGGAAGUACAUAUGGAGGAGACAACAGUUCUGGGUACAACAGAGGAAUCUCCUACCUCACCUCUCAGUGGGGGUUCAGCCCCUGGAGCCCACCUGGAACCUCCUCAUGACCCAGGGGCACACCACCUCCCCAAUGGGCAUUUCGCUCAACUUGCAUCUAUAGUUCCGGCUCAUUCCCAGAUGGGGAAUUCAGGAGACCAAGUAAUGGCCACUGUGCUUCAGAUGGUCAAGGCCCAGGAGACUGCCACAAAUGAGGACCUGUCAGUGGACUGUACACAGAAGAAGUGGAAAGGCCCUGCUGUCAGGCAGAGAGUCCUGUACCGGAACACAAUACUGGAAAACUACAGCAUCAUGAACUCACUGGCAGGUGAGAACAGGAUGGAGAGUUCUGAAUUCACUCCAAAGCAGACCAUUUCUAAAGGAUCAGAGUCAUCAGAUAGGUCACCAGGGGGACUCUUUGGGGUGACUUCUAUGGGACCAGAAUUUGAAGAUGUCUGUGAAGAUACUUUGAGGAAGCUGGAAGGGCAGCCCUCAGAUGAAGAGGGGAACAGUUUGGAAAUCAAUUUUUUGGAGAUAACAGAUGAGGAUAAGAAGAACUCCACAAAAGACAGAUGUGAGGAUUAUAAGGAAGUAGGGGAACAUCCAAAUCUGUCCCCCAGUCCUGAGGCAUAUCAAGGAGUCCCAAAGGGACAGAAAUUCUUUCAGUGUGAUGAAUGUGGCAAAGUGUUCUAUCGGAGUUCACACCUCAUUGGCCACCAGAGAAUCCACACUGGAGAGAAACCCUAUGAGUGUAAUGAGUGUGGUAAGACCUUCAGGCAGACCUCCCAGCUAAUUGUUCACCUCAGAACUCACACUGGGGAAAAACCCUAUGAAUGCAGUGAGUGUGGGAAGACGUAUCGGCACAGCUCCCAUCUCAUUCAACACCAGAGACUUCAUAAUGGGGAGAAACCCUAUAAAUGUAAUGAUUGUGCAAAAGCUUUCACUCAGAGUUCUCAACUCAUUGAUCACCAAAGAACCCAUACUGGGGAGAAACCUUACGAAUGCAAUGAGUGUGGAGAAGCAUUCAUUCGGAGCAAAAGUCUUGUCCGACAUCAGGUUCUUCACACUGGUAAGAAACCUUACAAGUGUACUGAGUGUGGGAAAGCCUUCUGUUCUAACAGAAAUCUUAUUGACCAUCAGAGGAUCCACACUGGAGAGAAGCCUUAUGAAUGUAAUGAAUGUGGCAAGGCCUUUAGUCGGAGUAAAUGUCUUAUUCGACAUCAGAGCCUCCACACUGGGGAGAAACCAUACAAAUGCAGUGAAUGUGGGAAAGCCUUCAGUCAGAAUUCUCAACUCAUUGACCAUGAACGAAUUCAUACUGGAGAAAAGCCCUUUGAAUGUAGUGAGUGUGGUAAGGCUUUCAGUCUAAGUAAGUGCCUUAUUCGGCACCAGAGGCUUCACACAGGUGAAAAACCCUAUAAAUGCAAUGAGUGUGGAAAAUCCUUCAAUCAAAACUCUCACCUCAUUAUACACCAGAGAAUCCACACUGGUGAGAAGCCCUAUGAAUGUCAUGAGUGUGGGAAGGUGUUCAGUUACAGCUCUAGCCUUAUGGUACAUCAGAGAACCCAUACUGGGGAAAAGCCCUACAAAUGCAAUGAUUGUGGGAAAGCCUUUAGUGACAGUUCACAGCUUAUUGUGCACCAGAGAGUUCACACUGGAGAGAAACCUUAUGAAUGUAUUGAGUGUGGGAAAGCUUUUAUUGAUAGUGCCAACCUUACAGUGCAUGAGCGGAUCCAUACAGGGGAGAAACCCUAUAAGUGUAAGGAGUGUGGGAAAGCCUUCAGUCAUAGCUCCAACCUUGUGGUUCAUCGGAGAAUCCACACUGGACUGAAGCCUUAUACUUGUAGUGAAUGUGGGAAAUCUUUCAGUGGUAAGUCACAUCUCAUUCGGCACCAGGGAAUCCACAGUGGGGAAAAGACGUUUGAAUGUAAGGAGUGUGGGAAAGCUUUUAGUCGGAGUUCAGGGCUUAUUUCACACCACAGAGUUCACACUGGGGAGAAGCCCUACACUUGUAUUGAGUGUGGGAAAGCCUUUAGUCGCAGUUCAAACCUUACACAACAUCAGAGAAUGCACAAAGGAAAAAAAAUUUACAAGUGCAAGGAGUGUGGGAAAACUUGUGGUUCUAAUACAAAGAUUAUGGACCAUCAGAGAAUUCACACAGGGGAGAAACCCUAUGAAUGUGAUGAAUGUGGAAAAGCUUUCAUCUUAAGGAAGACCCUUAGUGAACAUCAGAGACUUCAUCGAAGAGAGAAGCCUUACAAAUGUAAUGAGUGUGGGAAAGCAUUUACUUCUAAUCGAAACCUUAUUGAUCAUCAGAGAGUCCACACUGGAGAGAAACCCUAUAAAUGUAAUGAGUGUGGAAAGGGCUUUAUUCAGCGCUCAAGCCUUCUAAUGCACCUUCGAAACCAUUCUGGGGAGAAACCAUAUAAAUGUAAUGAAUGUGGGAAAGCAUUCUCUCAAAGUGCUUACCUUUUAAACCAUCAGAGGAUUCACACUGGGGAGAAACCUUAUAAAUGUAAGGAAUGUGGAAAGGGCUUCUAUAGGCAUUCAGGCCUCAUUAUACAUCUAAGACGCCAUUCAGGGGAGAGACCUUACAAAUGUAAUGAGUGUGGGAAAGUUUUCUCUCAAAACGCUUACCUCAUUGACCACCAGAGGCUCCAUAAAGGAGAAGAACCUUAUAAAUGUAAUAAAUGCCAGAAAGCUUUCAUUCUGAAGAAGAGCCUCAUUCUGCACCAGAGAAUUCACUCUGGGGAAAAACCCUAUAAAUGUGAUGAAUGUGGAAAAACCUUUGCUCAGACCACCUACCUUGUCGACCAUCAGCGACUCCACAGUGCAGAGAACCCUUACAAGUGUAAAGAAUGUGGGAAAGUUUUCAUUCGAAGUAAAAGCCUCCUUUUACAUCAGCGAGUCCACACAGAAAAGAAAACCUUUGGUUGUAAAAAAUGUGGGAAAAUUUUUAGUUCUAAGUCAAACCUCAUCGACCACAAGCGGAUGCACAGCAGAGAGAAACCUUACAAAUGCACUGAAUGUGGGAAAGCCUUCACUCAGAGUGCUUACCUUUUUGAUCAUCAGAGACUCCACAACGGAGAGAAGCCCUAUGAAUGUAAUGAAUGUGGAAAAGUUUUUAUUCUGAAGAAGAGCCUCAUAUUACAUCAAAGGUUCCACACUGGAGAGAAUCUCUAUGAAUGUAAAGACUGUGGUAAGGUCUUUGGUUCUAACAGGAAUCUCAUUGACCAUGAGAGACUCCACAAUGGGGAGAAGCCAUAUGAAUGUCGAGAAUGUGGGAAAACCUUUAUUAUGAGCAAGAGUUUCAUGGUCCACCAGAAACUUCAUACACAGGAGAAAGCCUACAAAUGUGAGGAUUGUGGUAAGGCUUUCAGUUACAAUUCAAGCCUGCUCGUACAUCGAAGAAUCCACACUGGAGAAAAGCCUUUUGAAUGUAGUGAGUGUGGAAGAGCUUUCAGUUCCAACAGAAACCUCAUUGAACAUAAGAGAAUCCACAGUGGUGAAAAACCCUAUGAGUGUAAUGAGUGUGGCAAGUGCUUCAUCUUGAAAAAAAGCCUCAUUGGACAUCAGAGGAUUCACACAAGGGAAAAGUCUUAUAAAUGCAAUGACUGUGGGAAAGUCUUUAGUUACCGCUCAAACCUGAUAGCUCAUCAGAGAAUCCACACUGGUGAGAAGCCCUAUGCAUGUAAUGAGUGUGGGAAAGGCUUCACCUACAACAGAAAUCUUAUUGAACAUCAAAGAAUUCACAGUGGGGAAAAAACAUAUGAAUGUCAUAUCUGUAGAAAAGUUCUUACCUCUAGUAGAAAUCUUAUGGUACAUCAAAGAAUACACACUGGAGAGAAACCUUAUAAAUGUAAUGAGUGUGGAAAAGACUUUAGUCAGAAUAAAAACCUUGUUGUACAUCAGAGAAUGCAUACUGGAGAGAAGCCUUAUGAGUGUGAGAAAUGUAGGAAAUCUUUUACCUCCAAGAGGAAUUUAGUUGGUCACCAGAGAAUCCACACAGGGGAGAAACCCUAUGGGUGUAAUGAUUGUAGCAAAGUUUUUAGACAAAGAAAAAACCUCACUGUACAUCAGAAAGUUCAUACAGAAGAAAAACCCUGUGAAUGUGGUGAGGCUGAAAAGGAAUUUUCUCAGACUUCAAAACUUCAUUUUCAACAAAAAGUCCAUACUGUGGAGGAAUUCUCUUGGCUAAAAAAUGCCAGUGAGUCUAAGAUAGAGAUUCAAAAAAUCUAGUGGAGAUCUGGCAUUGUGGCCAAGUGGUAGAGUACUGUCUUGCAUGUACAACCCCCAGCACUGCAAAAAAGAAAAAAAUAGUGUCAUUUGUAAAAUGGAAUAGAAUCCUAUUUAAGCGUUAGAUGAAUGACAUAUAGUUUCUAUAAGAAAAAAAUCAUGACCAUUUCUUAUGGACAAGUGAAAGAAAGUUAAUCUAGACCUUCAAGUGUAGAAAAACAUAAUCCAAAUUCUAGUUCAAGGAUACUGUAUUCCAGAUCAUUUAUUAUGACCUUGGAAACAGACCUUGGAGCAAUUGAAGACAGAAGAAACUGGAUUUGGGUCUUAUAAGAGAUAAUGGUGCAGUUGUAAGUGAUAGCAAAAAUGUCUUUAUUAAAGUGGACAUUGUUUCUGAAAAUAUGUAUAUUAUACAGUUUAAAGAUAGCAUCUCUGUGCAGAAUGUCUGUAUAGACAGUAAAAUCCAGACACUGAGAUGUGGAAUUCAGUGGGCAAGAGAUUACCUGGCUCAUCCUUAAGACUAGAUGUAAAAUUAGAAGAGCUAGGUUUGGAUUCUGUUUCCCUUACUAUGUUAAUGUUAAGCCCACCUCUAAGCCUCAGAAUGCCUACCUCACAGGGUUGUUGUGAGGAGUAAUGAAAGGAUGUUUGUGAAACCAUUUUACAAUAAAGUUAGAUGAGAGAGAGAGGUAUGGCCAGAGUCUAGGACAUGGUAUAAUCUAAGUUUGUUCAUUAAAUCAAUAUUAGAAUGAAGAGGAUUCCAUGAACCUCAAAGAUAGUCAUUUUUAUGAGGUGAAGUAUGAUGGAUAGCUAACUUUGGGAUUUAGUACUCUAAAGACUUUUGAAAAAUAUAAUUUUAAAAUGUCUAAGGGAGUUAAUGUAUAAAAUGUCUACUUUGUUUUUAUGGAAAAUAUAUUAUGGCCAGCCAUUAACAGUGAUACCAAGGAAAGCUAUUUGUUUUUUGAUCUUUGAAUAUGGAACUUAAUAGAACAUCAAAAUUGAAGGUCAGUCCUAUGUUGCUUUUUCUUUUUAUUGGGAGAAAUACAUAACCCCAUUAGCUGAACUGAUGAUCCUUGCCACAGCCAUUUUCCAUUGUAGUCAACAUUUAAUUGUUGCUGUCAUGUGAUAGAUUGUCACUUACAAAAAGACUUUCUGUCCCAGCACUUAAUUUACUAUCUAAAUUUUUACACAGCCAAGCCUUCAAGUUCUGAUUAAGCCAAUGCAGAAUCCACUUCUAGGCAGCCACUGUGCUUUACUCCCUGUGAACCAGUUGUUCAUUCAGCUCGUGCCCUAUUGUACAUUUAUUUGGGUUAAUUCAUUCUGUAUUCCUAUAUUUUAUCUUCUAAUUCUCCAAAUUCCAGUUUUGCAGGUAGAAUGUAAAUGUAUAUCAGGAUGGUGUUUUCUAAUACAAGCAAUAUCAAAGUGGUAUGCUGAUUAUGACAUGUUAUUAAUUCAACCCCAAAGCUCCUUUGAGGGCUGGUUCCUCAUUAUACUGAAAUGUAUACCGAAAACUGGAAGGGACCCAUAGUUUGAACUCUUUAAGAUCUGGAUGAGUCAGGUUCUGCCACUUGCCUUGGACAAAUCUCUUCACUUCUUGGAGACAUGAUUUCCACAUCUGUCAAACAGGAGGAAAAAUAUCUACCUCCCAAAGUUGUUAUGAGGUAAUGAGUAUGAAAAUUCUUCCUAUUAAUGCUAUACAAGAAUCACCAUAGGUUAUAUAAUAAUUGCAAAAGGACAUAUUUUAACAAAGGAGAGAGCUAGCAUUUACCUUGUAACCAAGUAAAAAUACAAUAUAGCUAACUGAGCCCAUAUGAUGUGCCUCCUCUUGUAGUGUAAUAAGCCAAAAGAUCUUUAGCCUGAUUUUAAUCAAGUUUCUUAAACCUAAUUGGCAGUUUGUAGGAAAUACAGAAAGCAUAGGGAUAAUAUAAAAGAUGCCAUAAGAAACAGAAAAUUUUAGAACAUGGGAUAUUAGAAAAUUGCCCUGGAUUCUUCAAAAAGUCAUGAUAUAAAGGAAAGAAGAGUGAUCAUUAAUGAAGCUAUCCAUAAGGGGAAAACCCCUCACAACUUUGAGAAGUAGGAUUAAGGAAAGAACUUGCAGAUGUCAUCAAAAGCAUGUUUUGUAAAAGGGGAAAAUGAUCAACCGGACCUCAUCAAAAUUAAGAUAACUUUUCUCUACAAAGAUACUUUUAAGGGGAUGAAAAGACACUACAGACUGGGAGAGAACCAUUUGCAAAUCACAUAUCCAUCAAAGGAUUUGUAUCUAGACUACAUAAAGAACUCUGAAAACUUAUUGAUAAAAAAAAAUUAGAAAUGCACAAGAUACCAACAGACAUUUCACUGUAGUUGACAGAUAAGCAAAUGAAAAGAUAUUCGACAUUAUCCAUUAGGGAAAUGUAAAUUAAAAUCUUGAGAUACUUCUGUGCACCUAUCAGAAUUAGCUAACUUUUUAAAAUAAAGUGAUUACACCAGUUCUGACAAGGAUGCCGAGAAACUGGAUUUCAUACAUUUUUGGAAAUGCAAAAUGGCACAAUCACUUUGGAAAACAGUUUGGCAGUUUCUUAUAAAACCAAACAUGCACUUAACUAUAUGCCUCAGUAAUUCCAUUCCCUAGCAUUUGUCCCAGGAAAUGAAAGCUUAUGUUCACAAAGACUUGUACAUAAUGUUCAUACAAUCUAUAUUAAUAUUCAAAACCUUUAGGUAUCAGGUGGUUAAAAUAAACUAUGGUAUGUCUAUACCAUGGAGUACUUAGUACUUGGCAAUAAGACAGAUGACCUACAGCUUGUCACAACUAGAAUGGAUUUCUAGGGAAUCCCAUAUAUUAGGGAUGGUGCGAGGGAGAGGAUUGGGAUGUAACUAUAAAAAGGGUAGCACCAGGGAGGUUGGUGAUGGAAUAGUUGUGUAAUAGUGGCAAUUACACAAAUCUCAUGCAAUACAAUGACAAACGCAUAGGCACGCACUGUACCAAUAUAUACUUGCCGAUUUUGUCAUUCUAAUUACAUAAGAUGUAACCAUUGGUGGGAAAAUCUUUGCAACUUCCUGUGGAAUUGUCAUUUUAACAUAAAAUAGGAAUACACAAAAGAGCCAUAACUAAAAUACAGUGUUGUGAAACUGAAUUGGAAAAAAAAAAAAAAAACCUUUGAAAUGUGUUUCAGUACCUUAGGAGAAAUUUGAAUACUGACUGUAUAUUAAGUGGUUUUAGAAUAUUACUGUUUUCUUACGUGUGAUGAUGGUGGUGUUAGUUUGGAGAAUAUUCUUAAGGGAUGCAUGCUAUUUGGAAUGAAGCGCUUUGAUAUUUACAGCUUUCUGAAAAGAUAACCUUAAAUAGAGAUAAGGCAAACAUAGCAUAAUGUUAAUUGUUGAGCUCAG